AUGCCUGAGGUCCUCUGGAACAACUCGACAGUUUUAACUGAAGGGAAUGAUGACUCCUUAUUCAACGAAACCAACAUUAACGAUGAUUUCUGGAGUUAUUACCAUUUAGUUUGGACUGUGUUUGAUAUUGUCUUAAUAGUCAUUGGACUCUGUGGCAUGGUGGGGAAUGGGAUUGUCAUCUGGCUUCUGGGUUUCUGCCUGAAGAGAAACCACUAUGGCGUCUACAUCCUCAACUUAGCAAUUGCAGACUUCACCUAUCUCUCAACAGCUAUUACUAAUUAUACAUAUCUGAGUAGAUAUUUUUCUAAAAAAUUAUUAUUGUUUUUAGAUUCACUUGAAGUGUCUUCAUACUUGGUGGGCCUGAGCUUGCUCAUGGCCAUCAGCAUUGAGCGCUGUGUCUCUGUGCUCUGGCCCAUCUGGUACAAAUGCCACCGCCCAACACAUCUCUCCACCAUUGUGUGCACCGUUGUUUGGGUUUUCUUUAUUAUUAGUUACUAUUUAAUAAGAUUUUUAGUUGAACUUGACUAUGAUAUGUGGUAUAUAUCUGGACUCAUGUCCCUUCCAACUAUCCUGGUGCUCUUUGUGUCCAGCCUGACUCUCUUCAUCCAGGUCCAGUGUUACUCCAGGCAGAGAAAGUCCAGCAGGCUCUACUGGACCAUCCUGCUCAACGUGCUGGCCUUCCUGCUGCUCAGUGUGCCGAGAGGAGUUUAUUUAGCCUAUUAUUUCUCAACGUUCUUAAGAAUCUAUGUAAUAUGGGAAAUGGUAGUUAUGAUCCUCCUCUCUGCUGUGAACAGCACAGUCAACCCCAUCAUUUAUUUCUUUGUUGGACGACACGGGCAGCAGCGAGGCAGAAAAUCUCUCCGAGAAGUGCUCCAGAGGGCGCUGACAGAUAAUGCAGAAGCUGAGGAGAGAAGAGCACCAUACCCACACAGAGCAUGA